CGAACGCGUCGUCGUCCUUCAUCGAAGGCUCAUAUUUCGCCACGAGCAUCACCGCUGAGACUUGCGAAUCAAUCAGAGACACGGGUACUCCUACACACGGAAGCCAUCAUUCCAAUUUCCUGGAGUGUCUCUAUCUGCUCAGCCCUCAGAAGACGAACACGCAGCAUAUCUCACCCGUCCGCAAUCAUGGAUCCCAACGGCACAACCGACAGCAAGUACGUGACUCUGGUCUCGAGUGAUGGCUACGAGUUUGUCGUCUUGCGGGACGCCGCCAUGAUCAGCCCUGCCAUCAAAGGCAUGUUGGACACACGCAACAACUUCCGCGAGGCUGCUUUGGGUCGCUGCGUGUUUGAAGAGAUCAGUGGCGUUGUGCUUGAGAAAGUCUGCGAGUAUUUCCAAUACUGGUACCGCUACCGUGAGCGGGAGGACGUUCCUGACAUGGACAUUCCUGUCGAGCUGUGCCUGGAACUGCUGGUCGCAGCCGACUUCUUGGGCCUGGACAAGCAAAAUACCGGCACUGUCUGAAUGACUUUUGAUGACCAUUUUGCAUUUUGGCUUCAUUGUUCAUGACGGAGUUUGGGGCGUUGAGCGUUCAGGGUGGUACUAACAAACACGAUACCAUUGCUACGACACUAUGACGAAAUCCCAUGCCAAAAAGGCAUGUUUUUUGUUCUUUGCCAUGAUCUUUCUCUCGAUUGUGACCCACGCUGUCACCCCAAAUGUGAAAAACCAACCCCCAUCUUAGCAUAUGCGUUCCUCCCCUCACUCUUCCGUGGGCUGAACGUCUAUUAAAGAUGGAAGAAGAACUAUAUUCCACUCACUCUGCUCGACUCAACUUUCUACCAUUGAGAUCUACGCUUUUUCUGUUGGGAUACAGAUCAACCAUAGCAAACACAUACAUGCACAGUCGUAGCUGAAUAGACCAGAU